CCUGCAUCUACCGGUGUAAGGGACCAUCCAACAACAACAACAACGUCGACAACUUGCUCCUUUUGAUGAGACCCUCAAAUAGCAAGCCCAUCCGCCCUCCAGCAUACUCGUCCACCUCACCUCGAUAGGUGCUAGCCUUUGUCUUGCUCCCGCUCGCUCGCUCGCUCAUGAGUCUGGUGCCACCGGUCGUCGUUUCCCCUCCCUUCGUCCGCUCGUCGCAUCGCCAUCACCAUCACCUGUCUCUCGACCCCUCAAUUACCUACCAUCUUUCGAACCAUCCCUAGCAAUAGCGUUCAUCGAGCCGCGGGUGUCUUGGGCUUCUCCGAGGUAGUAGAUAGCGAUUUCAACCCCCAUCACACCCUCUCGGAAUCCAUCAUCACGAGCCCAGCAGGCCUCCGUCCAAAUAGGAAGGCCAAUAAUCGUGCAAUACCACCACGGCGGAAACACGGCGCUUGUCUUGAAUUAACGAUAUCGACCGAGGGAUGCCACACGGUUCCUGUCCAUCCACACACCACUUACUCUCCGCUCCUGUCUGCCGCGUGCGCUACCUUACCUUACCUCACGAUUCGCGACUGGGACUUUGGAACGGAACGAGAGACUGACAGUAAGGCUGGCAACCAACAAUCUUCGGUUAUACUUACAGACUUCUUGCCGGCUCAAUUCCCGUCACUGCUUUGCCAGGAUCAUCCAUUGAUUGCCUACCGAAUAUUCUUAGCCUUGCAGCCACCUACCGCCAAGAUUGCUUUUUGCGACCUCCAGAGCAGUAUUCCCACAUUGUCGCUGCUGCUAGCUGCUAUAGCGCCCCAGGGAUCGACCGUCAGCUGAUACCGAGCUUUCCCCCAUUGCGCAGGGGAAAAAGAAACCACCUCCCACGGUUUGGAUACAUCAAAUCUGUCUGCACCAGGAGCUGUGUUCCGUCACCAGGGACCAUCCCGUUCGCCUAUCCUUUGCGACGGCGCCUUUGCGCUGUUUUCCCCCCCAACAAGUCAAAGCGGCCGAGACCUGGUCUGGGUCUGAGCCUUGGUGACCUGAACCAAGACCUGUGCGGGUAGCAGCGACUAGCAAGGCAUCACGGCGGUGGAGGGCGCGGACUCACCGGUUGUGUAUCACCAAAAAAAAAUCCCCAACUUGGAACGCUGCUUCUCUCUCUUUCUCCUUCACCUCCCCUUUCCUUCUGUACGCCUCUCCCUCAGCCUUUUCCCUCGCCCAUUCGAACACUUCGACGACACUCCUUCGAUCCGAUUCGAUCCCAUGCUUUCGAACAAUACGACGAUACACUCUACCCGUUCGACAUCGUCGAAGCCACAGUUAUCGUAAUAGUCUUUGGCCAGUCUGAACUCAAUUCGCCCGCGCGCCGAGCUCGCAGCCCGAUCUACCAGCAAUGAUCUCCGUUGGCUCUACGAUAUCAUGACUUUGCGCGCGUUACCAUCGCCCAAACAAAGGCUACAUUACUUCCUGGUUCCGAGCCACAGCCCAUGCUAUUCGUCGCGCUCGCAUCAGCAGCUGCACCUCUCGCCUUCGCCCCCGACUGUCGUCAAACCCCUCCUCUCCCUCGAACCCCACCUCCGACAGGGACAAUACCCCGAUUCUCGUCGCCGCCGCCGUAGUGCCGCACGGCAAUCCACCCAUCAUCGAACAUAGACAAUACCAACGCGCAACGACCUCAACCACAACCGCAAGUCUUGCUUUCACCCAGCUGCGCACGGUGCGCUGCACCGAGCCAUGUCGACCACCCAAGCCAAUGCAGUGCCGGACACGCAAUUAGGGUUGAGCUAUGAAGAGAUACAGCUACUGCGUCAAGGACAAGCGGCACUGGGCCAGGGGACAGGCGGAGGCGGCUCGAAUUCGUCGCGAGCAGCAAGUCGCGCGUCAAGCCAAGGACUGCUGCUGCUGGACAGCACCUCAUUGGCAGCUCUAGGACGGUACUUUGACCGGGUUAUGAAUCAGAUCGAACAACAGAUCAUCUACCUUAGCGAGCAAAGCCAAAUGUUCACCAUGGCCCAAUUUGACCGAGCUGGCAACCUGAUCGAGGGUGCUGACGCCGAGAUCCAGCGGUAUCACGAGCUUCUCCGGCAACUUGACGAGUUGGAACUCGACUUUGAUCGAAUAAGGCAUAUCAAAGAGAUUGUACGAGGGUACAGAUCACGAGUCGAAGAGAUGGAGCGUGAAUUGGAACGGAGUGGCUCAUCUUCCCGGCACAGAGAAGGCCACCACUCUCACAGGCAUGGUCACUCGCAUAGCCAUCGGCAUGGACACGAGAGUUCUCGUCGACACCGACACUAAAUCAUUCCGCGUACGCACAACGAAGGAAAUCGCGCCUCGGGAGCUUCAAUGCUUGGCUGAGAAAAAAAAACAUCCACAUUAAGCGUAUAUGAACAAAAUGUUGAAGGAUGGCAACAGAAGCGCAUCUCAAAAUUGUGGUGGAGUAGAACAUAUCGGUCACACGACCGCCACAGGAUCUCACAAGGCUCAGAGGUUGGCUCGAUAACGUUUUACCCCGGCGGGAACAUACAGCACCGCGGGAUUGAAUUUACGAGCCAUGACGAAGAGCAGCUCUAUAUUAUCCGGUCGUGCGAACCAACGGCCAAUGGCGGUCCCAAGACGGAGAGCCUCGCGGCUGGACAAGAUGGAAAAGCCUCACGGCUCGGUGGUUUUAUUUCAAGGCGUUUGAUUUCUUCGAUUUCUCUCUUAUUAAAACAGCGGGGGCUAUCUCGGUGCUUCACGAAUGCCUGUUUGGCUGCUAUCGGGAGGCGUUGCGCAAUCUUCAUGAGCUCAAAAUACCCAUCUUUUCUACUGUGUACGGAAAAC